CAGUAGGUGGCGGUAAUGCACCUGUAAGCUGGUUGCCAAUAAAUCCAAAAAAAGUUUUCGUUUUAGCUGGUUGACCACGCUGUCGUCCUUUUUUGUCUUCAGGCCGCAGUUAAUUUUGUAAGCGUCCAAUAUCCAGCACAUCUCCAUCGAAGGACUGUAUCGUAGUACUUUAUCACUGCAUUCAUUUUUUCAAACUGGACGGUGAGGACUCCGAAUCUUCUGGACAGCGUCCCCGUGGUCCCAUUAAACAAACCACAAUGAUCACCAGAAGCAGAGGCCAUACUGUCAACAACUCCAAAGUUCAGUCCCUGGAGGUUGAAGUGGUAGACGCAGUAGAAACUGUAGAAGAUCUCACAAGUCCAUCAGAGGGGUUCCCAAUCGAUGACAUUGACACCGCUGGAAUAGAGCUAGAUGACCUGUUUGGAAUUGAAGACUUAAAAUGGACACUUGAAAGAGAUGCAACCUCCCCUCUCUUCAACAUGGAGUUGACGGAUCUUGGUGUGUACAGUACCAAGUGUCAAGCUUCUGGGAUUGAAGCUUCAACAGCCUCAUCUCCAGAGAGAAUGUCGUCAGACUUGAAGAUCAAGAACCGACAAAACCAUUCAAGCCAAAUGAUCAACAAAAACGCCAUCGCUGCCAGAAUGAAUCGUCUCAAGAAGAAAGAGUAUGUCAACAGUCUGGAGAAGAAAGUUGGCAUCAUGUCAAUGGAAAACAACAUUCUCAAACAGGAAAAUUCUCAGCUGACCAAAAGAGUAGAAGAGUUGGAAGAUGAGACCAGGUACCUGAGGGCUGUGCUUGCAAAUGAGAGCAUGUUAGCGCAGCUCUUGUCCAGGCUGAGUGGUGUGAAUGGGAUGAAAUUAUCUUCCUCGCUUUUCCAGGGGCCCAACACGAAUGACCAUGACUAUGCCUUGCCGAGGAAGCGUGUGAAAGUGGAGGAGAAGGAGACAUCUGGUGGCGUGUGUCUGCAUGUGGACAAGAACCAUGUCUCAGUGGAGUUCUGCACUAAGUGUGCAGAGAGUGCAAGCACAUCGCUCAAAAUGUAGGGUCAAGUACUUAUCUGUUUUCAGAUAUUGAGACUGAACUUCUUGAGGGUGGAUGAACACUGUUAAGAUUACCUAAGAAUUGCUGAAUGUGCAUGUGUUUUUGUGUACUGGUGGAUUGAGUACAUGUUACUGCUAAACCUUGUUGACAGUUUCUUCUAGGUAAUGGUUGAUCUACCAUGCGGGAUGAGUGGCUUUCUGAACACCUUAACCUGCUUGAUUCCAUGUGGAUUCUGCUGGUGGAAGGUGAAGAGGCUGGACAAGCUGCUGCCAACGUGGCCUGGUAUUUUUUUUGAAGGUAGUAUCGGUAACAAAUGGUAUACGUGACUAUAUUUUCCCAGUACUCCACAACAUCCCUUCACAUCUGUCAGCGUAGCUCAUGCAGCAUGUUUUUUGGCGCUGAUUACAGUCGCUCCAUUACUCGGAGUAAUGCUACACGUCUCAUAAUUAUGUCUUGUAUAUAUUGACACUUUGAAAUGUAUUCAUGACAUAGAUUCAAAAUGAUCUUUAAGUGAUGAAAUUACCAUUUUGUCCAAGUGUAAUGUAAAUGUGUAUAUAAUUUUGAAUACAUAUUGUUUGAGGUAAAUGACCUUUGACUAAUGUUGGACAAAUAAAUCAUAUUUUCAUUA